CUACUUUAUAGCAGGCGUGCUACUGGCUGUAUCAUUUUGUAAUUUCCACGUAUCUCGUCGCUUAUCUUCCCAUUUCAACCAGACUUUAUUCAAGUCAAUCUCCCCGGGUAUCGGCCGUCAGGAUUCUGCCUACAGCGCGGAGGCUUCAGCAAUCAGCCUGUUUACGAUUAUGAUUGCCAUGAGCCCCGUCCUCCCCAUGAUUCUCCGGCUCCCCAAGUCAUCGGCCAAAUUUCCGCCCCAAAUGAUUCCUGCAGGUUCCCCGACCCAACAGCACUGAAGGACAUUGGCAGACACACAGUGUCCACCAUCAGAGGAACUUCUGUCCUUCUCAUUACAGUCACUCAUAUUCGCGUCCAACUCACAGCUCAUCCAAUGGCCAUCUAACGGCUGGCCGUUGGCUUCAUAGUGGUGACGACUAACACCGCGCUGUAGGGAGACUCGUCGGCCAGGUAAAGCUCCUGCGGAAAUCCCAACGAGCAAUACCAUUGGCGCAUAUUCAAUCCCCAU